AGCGAAUGCGAACGCGAACGCGAAGAGAGCCGAUCUCGCAGUUCCGAUCUCCAAACCGCCGAACCCGAGCGCCACAACUGGGAGGAGGGGCCUUCCCAAGGGGGGGCUGUUUCACACAAAACAUUUUUUUUUACUUAGUAUUAUUUUGGGUUUUAUGGCCCCACUGGCAGACAGAAAGAGACACAAAGACGCGAACAAGUGAACAUUCAAAUGGGAGCCGCGAUCGCGGAGGGGGGUUUUUCGUUUUUUUUUUUUCUCAUUUUUCUGUGGAAGGGAGGGGGGACGGGAGACUCAACGAUCGUACCGCCAAAGUGCAAGAAGUAUAUUUUUCUGUUUUUGCCUUUUUACAUUCGCGUCGCUUCCCUUAAUUUUAAUUAUAACAUGCUGUCUGCGAGUGUGUGCAUCCGUGUGAUCGCGGCCAUUUCCAAAGACACUCGCUCACACACACACACACACGCAUGAGACACUCGUCGCAGUAUGACAAGCCCACAAUUGCUCGCACAUACCACAGAGCUUAUGGCCUAUAGCGCACACUAUACAGAGCCAAGUAUUCGUAUUCGUGCAGUGCCCAUUAAGGCCGCUCGAAGGCAAACUUUGCACAUCUCGGCGGACUUUUCGGUUGGCUGCCACAGCGUCGGCGGCAAGCGUUGCGUGAAAAGUCGCAAGGAAGAGGCACACCGAAAUAUACCUCAGGAAACAGAACGUCGAUAUAAAUCACGAGAUAUCAGCAAGAAAAGUGCAGCAGCUGCCUGGAAAAACAAAAGCAACGAAACACCGGGCAAAGCAGCGCAGCCGGCGUCGACGUUACGAGUGAGCGGCGAAGUCACCACGACGGAACUCACCUCAGCCGGCCAUAAUGGCUAUGGCUGAAAUGAGUGCAAGUGAGUAGGCGAUACGGCGAUCGUCAAGUGAGAGCGAGAGGCAAGAGUAAUGGCGGCGGCAUGGCGCCGCAAAAGAGCACUGCCCACUUUUGCGAGAGCGUGAGGGAGAUAGUACAGCACAUGCACUGUUCGAAAUGGAUAAAAAAAAAAAC